AUGGACCCCGUCCACAAUUUGACCAAUGCCGCCGCCUCCGACCCAGCUCCGGCCCGCCAUCAGGCUCCAGCGUCGAUAGACGUCCCGGCAGCGGUCCGCGCCGCCCAAGCCCCUCCCGGCCUGCCGUCGGCCUUCUCCCCGGCCCUGUCUCCCGGCUCGCUGCCCAGGCCAGACGAAAUGCCGCCCCGGCCCCCGCUGUACUCUCCUGCUUCGUCCGUUGCUCAUCUCCCUCACCCGGGCUCUCCCCCGCCUCGCAAGGACACUACCUCGUCCAUCUCGACCCAGGCCACGACGGCCACUCUGGCCUCGACCGAGACCAGCAACUCAUCGUACAGUGCCGACACCUCCCCCAGCCUGCACCAGUCCAUUUUCUCCAUCACGGAUGGGUCCGACGUCUCUAACACCCGCCGCACCAGUAGGAGACGUACCGGGCCCCUAUCCCAGCAGUCCAGAGAGCGCGCUGCUCUCAUACGGAAGCUGGGCGCAUGCACCGACUGUCGCCGCAGGAGAGUUGCCUGCCACCCGAGCCACCACAACCUGACGUGGGAGGACCUGGUCAACAAGUUUCACAGGUCCCACAGCCCCGGCAUCCAGGACAUUGCCCCCUCCCUCGCCGCCGCCGGCCGAGCCUUGAGCCCGGCCGCCUCUCUCAACGCUGCUCCGCCGGCCUUUACCCACGAUCCCCAGGACAUGGACGUCGACAUGGCCGCACACGCCCCUCACCAGCCAGGCAGGCCCCCCCUCAGCGAGGCUCGUAUCCGCACCCCCCUUCCGUCCGGGCCGCGACUCGAGAAAUCGCUGUCUCUGCCCGGCAUCGAGAGCCUCAAGAAUGAGCUGCAGAGCAACGUCCCGAGAACCCUGUCAACCCCGAACCGCGGUCGAUACAGCGCCGUCCAGGCUCUCUUGCUCUUCUGGCAUGACGACGACGACGUGGCUCUUGUGCGCGGCGCAGUCGAGGAACUGGCCGAUGUCCUCGAAAAAUACUACCACUAUACGUUUCACAUCCAGACCAUUCCCUCCUCCUCGGACGGCUCCAAGAGCUCCUGGAGAUGGCUGUCGCGCCAGCUCAACGAGUUUGCCGAAGACCGUGACCAGCGCGACGUUUUGAAGAUUGUCUACUAUGCCGGGCACACCUACCUUGAUGGGAACCGGGAGAUGGUAUUGGCCAGCUCGAAAGACGGCAGCAAAGCAUCCAUCAUCAGGUGGAACGGCAUUCAGCAGAUCCUCGAGGAAGCCUGCUCCGACACCCUCAUCCUCAUGGACGCGGCCUACUACCCUUCCUCGAGGAUGGUUCGACAGAAGGGCGUCCUGGAGCUCAUUGCCGCCUCCGUGUCCGAGGAACACGCCACGGCUCUCGACCGAUGCGCUUUCACGCGGGCCUUGGCAGAGCACUUGCGCACUCGGGCGACGCGCUCGAACCCCCUCUCGGCCGUCGAGCUUCACUCGGUCCUCCUCGCAACCUAUCCCAAGCUGAUACACGACAAGAACCCCGAAAAGGAGACCAUCACGAGCUUCCCCGCUCCGCUGCACGCCAUGAUGUCGGGAAACUCGAGGCUCCCGUCCAUAUUCCUCUGCCCCAUGUAUCAGCAUAGCCCUCUGCGGAACAACUUUUCGUACGAAAACAGCCCCCAACUGCAUCUUUCCAUCAAGCUGCACGACGACAAUGUCGACAUUGACAGCUGGAACGAGUGGCUGCGCCUGAUGCCCGAAGGCAUCAAGGACAUCAAGGUGGACGGUCCGUUUCGAACAUCUUUCAGGUAG